GAUCAGGAAUGUGCGGCGGAGGGAUCUGUGUUGCGCGCAGGCCGCGUCCGCUCUUCCGCCCAGUUUUCCUAUGUGAUUCGCCUGCGCUGAAAAUGGAGUUCGCGUAAAGCAGAUCCUCAAAGUUCCCACGAAGAAUCGCAGUCAUUCUGCACGUUCCUGUGUCACUUUCUGUUCCGAAGCGAGACUGUCGUCCAGCUCCAGCCUCCCCCUGUGCGUCGAGGAAGCGUACAUUACACAGGGCUUCGUUUCAUUGCUGAAAUACUGCCGUGUGAACUUGUCUAUGAUCGGGUCCUGUGGAUUUUCCAAACUCGCUUUCGCUGGGAUUUUGGGAUUUUUGUCCGACCAGGAUGAGGAAGACUCCGAUGGUUUCGCCUCAGGAUGUGAUUUAUAGUGCCGAUGGAUCGAAGUGUUGCUUUCAUUGCUUUCACACACCAUUCCCGAUCUGAAUCCGCUGUUUUGGCGUCUCGCGCAGCAUAUCGACUGCAGAUCGGGUCGCUUUCUGUCAAUAAUGGCCUUUCGUGGCGGUUUCACGGAGAAAAUGGAGAUAUUUGCACUUUAUUUCCCCGCCUUGAGUGCGAACUCGAUGAUAUUUCCAGGAUUUGAAUCCCCGUGAGAAAAAAUGAGCGAAGAAUCAAAUCCAAACAACGAUGAGAGUUUUGCGCGUGUGAGAGCGGUGGUCAUGACUCGAGAUGACUCCAGUGGCGGAUGGCUUCCUCAGGGCGCCGGCGGCCUCAGCCUCGUCUCCGUACUCAAGAUCAGCCGAGCCGAGGCCGAAGACCAGUUCCUCAUCCACGGGGAGCGGCUCAAGGACAAAUCGGUGCUGCUGGACUGCUGCAUCCGGAGGGAUCUGGUGUAUAAUAAAGUCAAUCCCAUCUUCCACCACUGGAGGAUCGGCAACAUGAAGUUUGGACUAACCUUCCAGAGCCCCGCGGACGCCAGGGCCUUCGACCGAGGGAUACGGCGGGCCAUGGAGGACAUUAAACAAGGCGGCCCGCAGAACAGCGACACGGACACACCCGAGGACGCUUCAUCACUGGAGAGUGUGUGUGUGGAGACGCCGGUGAGAGACGUCUUCUGUCCUCGAGCCAUCGGGUCCACUGAACACUUCCGCGGCUCUUAUGUGCGAGUGCAGCCCUUCGACCAGACGCUCACUGCUAACCAGCGGUUCCUGCCUCCACAGGUCUCCUUCAACCCCAGACGUCACGUGAGCUUCCACAUGGACGAGGAGGAGAUCGUGCGCAUCAACCCGCGCAAGGAUGUGCUGAUCCGCGGCUACGAGGACUACCGGCACCCGGAUCUGUGGAAGCGUGACCCGGAGCGCGAGGCCCCCGACGAGAAGAUCCCGUACCCGUACGCCGAGGCCCCGGAGCGGCUCAAGCUCGCGGUGAAGACCCAGCAGCCCGCGACUAAAGCGUCCCGCCGUCGGCGCGAGGACGGAGAGCGCUCGCGCUGCAUCUACUGCCGCGAGGUGUUCAACCACGAGGACAACCGGCGCGGGCAGUGCCAGGACGCGCCGGACCCCAUACGCCAGUGCAUCCACAGGGUGAGCUGCAUGCUGUGUGCCGAGAGCAUGCUCUACCACUGCAUGUCCGACGCCGAGGGCGACUUCUCCGACCCCUGCUCCUGCGACACCAGCGACCCGCACUUCUGCCUGCGCUGGCUAGCGCUGCUGGGACUGGCGGUGCUAGCGCCCUGCAUGUGCUGCUACCCGCCUCUGCUAGCCUGCCACCGCUGCGGAGAGGCCUGUCGAUGCUGCGGCGGGAAGCACAAGGCCGCCGGCUGAGCGGGACGAGCCCGUGGAUUUACACCGGCCCUCGACGGGCGUAGCACGACUCAAUCCUGUGGAGAGAGCGUCGACCGCAGGCGUUAGCGGCGGCAGGAGCGUCCUCGCCGCACGGACACGGAGAACACGCUAACACAUCGCGUGCAACUAUGAAGAAAUGAUAUUGUGUACUUGUACAGUGGUUCUAACACUUGGCUUUUCCGUGAGUUAUUAACCGCGCGCUAAUGCGCAGAUGCGCUAAACAUGUUGUUAGCAUUAACGACAGCGGUCGCUAAGACUCUUGUUUCACGCGGCUGUAGAAUAUAUUCCAGAUGUUUUCUUUUGAUUCUGUCAAUCAUUAAUCCAACAGGCACUUAUAAUCCUGCUCCUGUUCGAGACUUUUAACCGCUGACGGUUUAAAACCCUGGAGAGCCACAGAAAACGGACGUUUAUUCUUACUGUGGAAUACAAGUGUUUAUAUUUUACAUGCAUGUUUAAAAAGUGUUUUCUGUUUUUAAAAUCAACCUUGUUUUGACUAAUAACCAGAUGUUUUUUUUUUGUGCAAAGAUGAUGUGUUAGUUGACACAUGUAUUUGAAACGUGUUGUGGGUGAAAUCCCGUCACGGUUAACUUUCUAUGCAAGUAUUUCCAUGAGAAUCUCUGACCUCUGCACACACAGUCCCGUUCCUCGCGUUAGCCUUCGUUCAGGGAAACUUUGCGCGGAAAACCUGUCUAUUGUCACUAGUGUAUGAAGCACCGCUUGCACAGAAGUCACUUUAAAAUCAGCUUUCUGUUGGUCUGAUAACUUUGUGCGUUCAAGUCCUCUUGGGAAGUUCGUAUUUACGAGGUGGGAACAAGUCGUGUUUAUGACUGUCACUUCCGUCGGAGUAAGAUGGCGGUGUACCUUCUCUUAAUUAAUUACACAAAAAUACAGCAAGGUCCUAGUUCUAGAAAAUGAAGAACAAAGAAAUGUGCUUUGCUUUUUUUAUAUUUUUAAUUUACCGGUAUGAAGCCACUGCAAAUGUUAUCGUAUAUUAUAUUGUAUAUUAUAAUGCAAUCAUAAUCUGUGCAGGCAGUUAGCUUACUUCGCUGUAAAUAGAAUGACUAUAUCACAGCUAAAUACCUUAAGUAUUGUGGUAUUCGCCAUGUUUUCGCUAACUGACACGCCCACAAUUCGUAAAGAUCGUGUGUUAAAGAAAAUCCCGAGCUUCCCACAGGUGUUCACGACAUAAAUAAAUAAAAAAGUUCAUAAAUAAAUAAGAUCUUUAUGACAUGACUUGAACGCACAUUUUUUUUGUCCCUCACAAAGCACGCGGAAUUCUGAUUGGAUUGACAGGAUUUCGCCCGCGAAGUUUCCCCUAGCAACGGUAACGCGAACGCGCGUUUCCAUGACGACCCGCUGUAAAUACCGAACACUAUUCCUGCAUUCGUGAUCGCUGCUGACGGUACGUGUCGUGGUUUGAUUUGACAGCAUUAUGUACAUAGAUCACCUGUUAAUACUGUUUCACAUUGAAAAGUAGUGGAGAUGAUGAUGAUAAAUGACGUCCGAGAUUUUAAUCGAGAUUGUCUCUAGUUUUGUAUCGCCGAAAGAUGGAAGGUUUGUGAAGCUCGUCUUAUGAAGCUGCUAGAAACAAUCACUAACUGCGUCGCAAGUCUCGUUCCUCUGCGGAUGACUGUUAAACACGAUCUAGUUGUAGUAUUUAACCCUGAGGCGGCGGGCGGUCUCCACGAUCUCGCGGAUAUGCAACGCUUUCCUCGUGUGACGUCACGCAACCGUCGCGAUUUUAUGACUACCAGUUUAAUCACGUGCUGCUAUUGUUUUUAUUCGUGUUGUUCUUUUCUCUUCAUGGAAAUAUAUCUCCGGAAUGCAUAACCUACCGUAGGCGAGAUGGUGUCGUUCUCUUGAACUCUUCAGUGUUUCAGUGGUUUAUUCUGUGAACUGUAGUUUUCUUCCCCUCCGCAGAAGUGCCUCAUCCCUCUCUCCUAACGCUCCGGUUCGCCCAGCUACACCUAUAGCUACUUCUAUUAUGGUUUGAAAAUACUAAAUAUAUGAUGUAAUAUUUAUAGUGCAGUAACUCAUGUCAUAGUUGUAUUUUCAGUAUACAGAUGUAGCUUGUUACUUUCAUAAAUAUACAAUGUAAAUAUGCAUACAAAUGUUUGUAAUUGUUUUUAUGUUACACGUACACUUAUUACAUCAGUUAACAUUACCAUACAAAUAAAAGAUGAAUAUAAAUAGAA